GUGCUGGCAAGCCUGCACGCCCCGCGCCGAAGCGGCGGAGAGCCGAGAAAGAGAAGAAGGCUUCUGGCCCAAGGCCGCAGGCCGCCAAGGCCAAGAAGUGCGCCAAGGCGGCGCCCAAGCGACGGCCGAAGCCUGGGCCAGAGCCCAGGCGCAAGGCGGAGCCCCGGUGUGAGGCAAGACCUGGCAAGGCCCUGGUGGCCGUGGCUCUGCCACCGGCCUCGACAUCUGCGAGCCGCAGGAAGCAUCUGCUUGAGCGCGCCCACCGUCUUCUCGGACUUCUCUCGCGAGAGCAGCGGCAGCGCGUGAUUCGCGAGGAGCUCUCGCAGAAGCAGCGCUUGCUGCUGGAAGAGUGGAUCGUGCAGCAGCCACGCAGCGAACUGCCGCACCCCUUGCCGCCGAAGCGCCGGCGCCGGCCUGCAAGAAGGCGGAGGAGUCCCCCGAAGCCGGUGGUGCCAGUGGAGAUUGAGGCCUGCAGCUCCUCCAGUUCCGCGAGCUGUGAAAGCUGUUCCGAUGAAGAUGGCCCCUGCCUAGCCAUCGAGGAU